AUGGGGCACAAAGGGUUGAGAUAACGACAUAUCUGACGGGAGUGUGUCUAACUGUAUUUGUGAUAAGCAUUCAUUGUUUCGGAUUAGUAGUCACUCGUCAGAAUGCUGAUUUAUUGGCUCUCAAUUUUGUUGCUCUUGAUCUCACAGUUUCAGCACGUUGUGCCUUACUUGCAGCCAGUAUUUUCUGUGUUAGUGUUUAUUGGCUGGGGUCCUCUGGCUAAGGUUCCUGUCUCAUUGUACUUUAUGUUAAUCACUUGUAAUACGGGCGGGCUACGGCAGCAGGGCAGGAUGGAUGUGGCUGUGGACUUGUACCUGGCCGUCCCGCUGCUCUUCACCGUCCUGGCCCUCAUCCUCACCUCCAUCUUUAUGAGGCUGCGGGGACCCAAGGGGGAGCAGCCCUGGGAGGUGGCGGCGGCCAAAGGGGCCCGGGAGAGUGGCUCCAGCGACCACGUGGCGGCAGGAGCGGGGCCAGAGGCUGGGAGGGUAUGGCUGCCGGUGGAGGAGCUUGGGGCGGUCAAGGAAGGGGAGAAGGCCGCUGCCAAGCAGCGGAAAGAGGCAGCAGAGGAGCCUAGCCUCACGGCCGAACCCAGUCCCACAGCAGCCGAGAGCAUCCCUCGGCAGCCACCUGCCAAGCCCUGUGAGCCUGAGCCCCAGGAGGAUGCGGAGAGCAAGAUACCACCUUUGGGAGCCUCAGCUGGGUCCAGCCUCGGGCACCUGGAACAAGUGGAGGAUGCAGGAGACCACACAGCAUUUACCAGCAAGGCAGAAGAGAAAGAUCUGGACUCAGAAAAGAGAAGCUGGUGA